GUUGUCUUUCGUAACGGUGCUUUUUAUUUCAGCCUAAUGUGACACUAAACGUCGGUCUCCGCUCAUGUGUCUACCCGCUAACGUCAUGUUUGUAUUGUUGCGUAUGCUCUGAAGGUGCGCACAUGCUAAUAUUAGCUGUGUAGCUACCUAGCUAGCGAGCUAGUCAGCCAGCUAACUCAGUGACAAGUACUCUUCCAAAAGAGUAAACCGCGUCCAAAGUGGGUCUCGUGGUCAUUUCCACUUGAAGGACGUCUUAAUGGGUUCGGUCAGAGCUAUGGCGUCGACCCGGUUACUGUCGUCCUUUAACGCGAAAGCUGCACACGCGACCAAAACAUUAGCCCGGUCGGGCUGGAGCGCGUCCCUCCGGAGAAACGCAUGCAGUUCACCUUCAGCACUGCGCAGCUGUAUGUCGGCCUGGGUCAUCGAUCAGUACGGUACCGACGGAGUCCUGAAGUACACAGAAGAAAUGCCCGUUCCCUCGGUCGGCUCUACCAGCGAGGUGCUGAUCAGAGUCCAUGCGGCUAGUCUCAACCCCCUCGACAUAUCUAUGAAGGGUGGAUACGGAGCUAAACUGCUUAAUUUGAGGAGGGAUCCGAUGUCCGUGAUGGCCGGUGCCAGUGAGUUUCCUCUGGUUCUGGGUCGUGACGUGUCCGGGGAGGUGGUGGACUGUGGCUCUGACGUCACCCACGUGGUUCCAGGAGACGAGGUGUGGGCUGCUGUUCCCCCAUGGAAACAAGGCAGUUUGGCUGAAUUUGUGACUCUGACAGAGUAUGAGGUUUCCCAUAAGCCCAAAUUGUUGAGUCACACAGAGGCAGCAUCAAUCCCCUAUGUAGCCAACACGGCGCUCUCUGCUCUUGUCAAUGCAGGUGGUCUUUGCAGAGACAGCGCUUCAAAUAAAAGAGUUUUGAUCACGGGAGCAUCGGGAGGUGUUGGAACAUUUUCUAUACAGUUAUUGAAGGCCUGGGGGGCCCACGUAACCGUUACCUGCUCACAGAACGCCGAAGGCCUCGUGAGAGGGCUGGGGGCCGACGAGGUGGUGGACUACACGGCAGGAGACUCGCUAGAACUACUAGAAAUGAUGGAGAAGUUUGAUGUGAUUUUGGACAACGUGGGCGGGGAAACGGAGGAGUGGGCGACGGGCCUGCUGAAGCCCUGGUCCGGGGCAAAGUACGUCACACUAGUGUCCCCUUUACUCCUGCAAACCGAUUCAAUGGGCCUGCUGGACGGGAUGCUUCAAGCCGGGUUAUCACUGCACAACAAGGCCAUGCAGAACAUAAUAUCAUGUGGCGUCUUCUAUCGGUGGGGAUUUUAUGCGCCGGAUGGGCCUGCCCUGGACGAGGUCAGCAAGCUGGUGGAUGCAGGGAAGAUCCUGCCGGUUGUGGAGGCCCAGUUUCCAUUUACUCAGGUGCCCCAGGCCUUUCAGAAGGUGGAGAAUGGCCACGCCAGAGGGAAGACCGUGGUCCGGGUGGUUGAAGACGAUGACAAACGGGCCGAGGGGUUGGGGCGAACCCGUCGCUCAGAGGCCGCAGACUCUGAGCAAGAAGAACGAGAAAUGGCAACGCAAAACUAGACGCCGUAAUCAGUGGCGCCAAACGGAUUGAACUGCGAUUCUUUAAAUGAAAAGGUGCUGCCGUUAUGCAACCACCGCUUUAGUCAAAAGCGCACUCCUUCCAGUGCGGUAGGUGUUUGAGUUCGGCAGCGUUCCCGUCAUGGUGACGUCCGGCAGUGGACUCUUCAUUCAGGUCUGCGCCCGGCUGGCACAAUCAGGCUCUUGGAAACUUUUUGGUUACUGCGAUCGAUCCACUAAGGAGUCGUAUCCUCAACUAGGAGGGCACCGAGAGCACCGUCCCAUCCACUCUGAAUUGAUUAAGCUCUUCCUCGGCCCAUGCCAUCUCCUUUCACUGGGAUUCAUAAAAUUGUAAAUCGGGGACAGUUUUUUUUUCCUCCCCAAACUAGCUGACCGGCCGACAUGCAAAACCAAAUUGAUGUGGAGAGGAAAAUCAAUCGGUAGAUCUGUUUAUACGACUGGUGAGGCGCCGCAUGAGAAGAAAUGAGCAUUUUUCUUGUCCAUGUUUAUUUGACAAUACCCGCGUCAUAACCAUGGGAAUAUUUCCCUACAUUAUAUUGCAACUGACAUGUGAAUACAGAACAAAAAGAUGUCAUUUAAACAUUGGGCAAACACAAAUGAUGGAUCUUUAAAUCUCAAGCAUUAAGUCUGCACCUUGCUGUGCAAUGUAUUUAACAAGUUUAUUGACACAAAUAAAUGUAUUAUUCUGAAAA